UACACCAUAAAUUGGCUUGUCAACAGCCAUUAAACAGUACAAGAAGAAAAUACUGUUGACCGUGGGCUGUUGUCGCCUUACUGUCUAUGGUUGUCGCUCCGUGGUAAACGCUGUAAUCUCUUUGAAAACAUGUCGAAGGAUCAAUUAAUUGUGAUUACAGCUGGGGCUGUUGGUGCAGUAGUUUUGGCCCCCGUUGCGCUCAGCAUGGCUGGGUUUACCGCCGCCGGUAUCACAGCAGGAUCUAUGGCCGCUAGCAUGAUGUCAUCAGCAGCCAUCACCAACGGUGGCGGUGUGGCUGCAGGAGGUUUGGUCGCUCUCCUCCAAUCUGCAGGUGCUGCUGGUAUGUCUGCAACAGCAACAGCUGGUGUGGCAUCUGUGGGCGGUGCUGCAGGAGCUCUAGCAAGUGGAGCACUUGGUUUUUUGAAGAGGUUGAGGAAAUGAGAACAUUAAAAUGUGCUCUGUGUUUAAAUUAAUGUUCUAAAAGCACUUUUUUGUUUACAUCCUGUGCAGAAUUAUUCAUAUUCACUGUUUUUCACUGAUUGCAAAAAUGUAACUACCUUAAAACGAAUCCCUGUAGUAAAUUCAUGUUGCUAAUAGUGUGACCAAAUUUGAUUUCUGUCGCAGGGAUUCUGAAUUAAUAAAGUAAUAAAAUAAUUGUGAAGACAGAAUGAAAAACCAAA